AUGGUCCCUCAACAACAAAUCGCAGACGGCGAAGGCCAACCCUAUACUCUCCCCGCGGGCCUUUCCCCCGACUCCAUCGACAUUCCCUCCGAGCUCGCCACCAUCCUCUCCCGCAUUCACUACGUCUCUCAACCCGCCCCAGAGACGACUGACCCUUCAAAUCCUCGCCCCAGAGACCAGGACGAGGGUGUGCGCCCGAAGGACCUGCCCACGGCGACCGACUCGCUCAAGCAUAAGAUCCAGCGCGCCCGCGCUGCAGUCCACACCCUCCCCGACAUAAAACGCACCAUUCCCGAGCAGGAGGCCGAGAUCGCAGAGCUGAAGGCGCACAUCGAAAAGCAGCGGGCUGCGCUCGGAAGACUGAAGGAGUAUGGGCUCCAGUUCGCCGCGGAGGAGACCAAUACUGACGGUGGUGACGUCGAGAUGGGUGGUACGGGAUCACAUUCUGCCGAGGGCGCUUCAGGUUAG